AUGGCAGAACAGUAAUAAGCAGACUAUUUGAAUCUCAAAGUUAAGUCUCAAGAUGGUGAAGAAGUGUUUUUUAAAAUUAAAAAGUAAACACAAUUUAAGAAAUUAAUGGAUGCAUAUUGUUCCAGACAAAAUGUAAAACAGUACAAUAUACUUAGUUACAAAUCUAAAAUGUGCGAUUUCUAUUUGAUGGCGAAAGAAUACUAGAGACCUAAACUCCAGCAGAUGUAAGAUUAUCAAAAUGAAAAUGUUUUUUUUAGAUUGGAAUGGAAACAGGAGAUGAAAUUGAUGUCGUCAUAGAACAAGUGGGGGGAUAAAUAUGA